CGGGGACUCUACUAUUACCAAUCACAUCUAGGGAACGUGGGGCGGUGCCUUACCCCGUGCCUGUAGUUGGAGUCAUCACUUUGGACUUCGGAAGUAGAUACUUUUAGAUGCAGCCCUGAUUUCUCUAGGAUGUUGACGGCAACGUCUAUUUUAGCCUUGCUGGGGAUGGACAGCCGGAUUCCCUAUGAUGACUACCCGGUGGUUUUCCUGCCUGCCUAUGAAAAUCCCCCAGCAUGGAUUCCUCCUCAUGAGAGGGUAUACCACCCAGACUACAACAAUGAGUUGACUCAGUUUCUGCCACGAAUCGUCACACUGAAGAAGCCUCCUGGAGCUCAGCUGGGAUUUAACAUCCGAGGAGGAAAAGCUUCCCAGCUAGGCAUUUUCAUUUCCAAGGUGAUUCCUGACUCUGAUGCACAUCGAGCAGGACUUCAGGAAGGGGACCAAGUCCUAGCUGUGAAUGAUGUGGAUUUCCAAGAUAUUGAGCACAGCAAGGCUGUUGAAAUCCUGAAGACAGCCCGUGAAAUCAGCAUGCGUGUUCGCUUCUUUCCUUACAAUUAUCAUCGCCAGAAAGAGAGGACUGUUCAUUAGAGAGUUGCAGCCCACAGCCCUCCACAUGGAAUCUGCCAGGCAAGCUGGCUAGGCCCCAGGGAAGCCACUUGGGAAAUUAUUCUCUCAGCCCCUUCCUGGCAUAGUGGAGUUGGGAGGAUGGGGAGAUCUGUGCUAAGCCAGCUAGCCAGCUGAGGACCUGUGCUGAGCCAGUUAGCCAACUGCAUUACCUAAACUGUAGUGCACUUUGAGUUCUCUAAUUUCUGGGUUGAGCUUCAUUCUCUGAAAGGAGAGGGAUGAGGAUGUCCAGGUAAUCUAACCUGUGGGGACUGUAGCUUGAAAAGGCAUCUGACUUUUAUUGACUAUUCUGUGCGUGACACUUAGACAUGUCAUAUCAUCUUAAUUAGAGUAUAAAAAUCAGUGGAAAAGGAAUCUUGGGAGCUUUCCAUCUGAAUUGCCUGGUCAUCUCAUCCCAUCUUUGUACUACCAGAGAUCUUAUACACUUUGGAGACUCCAGUUGGACCCUGUUUUUGCCCCUUCUUCCUAUCCUCUCCUCCAAAAAAGUAAAAUAAUACAAUGCUAAAGAAAUGUU